AAUACUAGAAAACAAUUUCCUUUAAAAACAUUUUCCCUCAAAAGACAAAUACACCUCAAUCUAAAGUCACUUUAACUUAUAUGUACCACUAAUAAAUAUACACCCACAAAUUAAUAUAUCUCUCACACAUUCACAAAAAAAUAUGGACAUGGAAAUUGAGCAAGAGGGCAACUACAAUAAGCCUAAGAAACUCAAGAAUUUCAUGUCAAUUAAGACACUUCUAAUUCUCAUAUAUUGUAUCUUCCUUUCAGUUGGCCAAAUAUCAGGUGUAUUGCUUGUUAGAAUUUAUUAUUUACAUGGUGGAAAAAGAAAAUGGUUGCAAUCUUCAUUGCUAACAGCAGGAUUCCCAAUCUUGAUUUUACCAAUUUAUAUUUCUUAUGUAAAAAAAAAGACCAAUAACAAUAAUAUUAGAUUUUUUGCCACACCUAAAUUAGCAAUAUUUAGUGCUAUUUUAGGUAUCCUUCUUGGUAUUUGUAGCUACCUCUACACUAUUGGCGCGUCAUAUCUUCCCGUUUCGAUUUCUUCUCUGCUCUCUUCAACGUCCCUUGCAUUUACCGCGAUUUUCGCGUAUUUCAUGGUGAAACAUAAGUUCACACAUUAUUCCGUGAACGCGGUGGUGUUGAUGAUGUUAGGGUCAAUUAUAUUAGGGUUACACAUGAAUGGAGAUCGUCCGAUAGGUGAAUCGAAUAGACAAUACACGUUAGGGUUUGUGAUGACAAUUAUUGGUGCGGCUCUUUGUAAUGACCCUACAG